AUGGUUAAAGAUGAACCCAUAAAGAAGAACAUUUUACUUCGUGAGACACUGAGAAACAAUUUCGAGCUGAUCAAAGAAAUCAGUAAAUGUAUCUGCACAUGUAAAGACGCUGUCAUGUUUGUAAAGCCAGGUGAAAGGGAGUCCUACACACGUUUUCUUAAGAAACAGUACUUGAAGUCUCUGAGACACUGUCCUUUACAUUCUGGAGAAUCUUCGAGGCAAUAUAAACAAGAAAUACUCAUUCUACUGGACCGUCUGUGCAAUAAAGUCGGGAAAGGUCAGACCGAAAUAGGAGGCAAAGGAAAAGCAAAACGUGGGGCAAGGAAAAAAGGACAAAAAGUCAGGAGGCAAGGUCAAGGAUGUAUAAGAUCAAGGCCGGUUAAAAACCAGUGGGAGCUAAAUGUUGCCAGACAUUAUCUUGCAUCCUAUGUCAACCAGCAUUAUAAGAAGGAGUUGUUGAGGAGAUUUAUGCAGGAGGGAAAAUGUCUUCAAAGUACUACAUUAUCAGGUGUAAAGGGAACUAUGCAGACAAAAUUCAUAGAUGUUAAAGACUUUGAUAAAAGAGUAUACAACAUUGACUCGAAGACUCUAAGUUCUAAAUGUGAGGUGAAUAAUUCCAUUGAUGCAGAUCGAGAGGUGAGAAGGCAGUUAAAGGCCCAGGACGGGCAUUCUGCACAGCAGGAGCUCUUCAUGCAGAUCUUGCUGAGGACUAGGCAGCGGAGUGGCAGCUCGAGAGAAGAUGCCACUGCAUACAAAACAAAGGACGAGUCUACACACGGUGACUGGUGCAGCAGGAUCGAACAGCUGAAUAUUACUGAGGACUUCAGAUCAGGGAUACAAAGAUGUGAAGGAUCCAAAACAGUCGGCCAUGGUAUAAGCUACCAGGAAGUGUUCAGUGACUCCAAUCCCGACAUCAGCUACUGUGGGAGAGUGCACAUCAGAGGUCUCUCUCUAUCAUACGUGAUGGAGAAUGGUUACAAGUUUCUGCCAUUGAAGCAGGCUAUCCGUCUGUUCCCGUGGUGCUGUUGCUCGAUUUCAAAGGCUGUUCUCAGGACACACCCAGGCCUCGUUAGAACCUUCAGCACAUGGGAGCAUGUUCGUCUUCUCGACCUACUGAGUGGAAAAGGGAAUCAGAACAAUGUCCAAACAGGGGAUAUUCUGGUCAAACUGGACACUAUCAUCACCUGUCUGCCAGACAUAGAAGCUGAAGUGAAGCUCAGGCAUCGGACAAAGAGACCCAAAAAGUGUCUCACCUGCAAAUACUAGCUGCAAGCCAAACUACAUCUCUCUCCUUUAUAGGACAAUGCUCACCAAAUACUCCAGAAAUAUCUUCUGGUUCAACAGACAAUCAUUUCAGACAACUGCACCACUUCUGGAUGAAACAGAUACACUGACCUACAACAGGAGGGAUUUGAAAAGGACAUCUUCCUCUUUGGGCAAGGAAUAUGUUUAUUUUGAAAUGAACAACCUGAAGAUGUUUAAUUUCAAUGACAUCUAUGAAGUCAACUGAGAGAAGAGCAUCCAAUGUUCCUAUAACCAAGCCAAUUUUGUCCAAUGAAUUCCUAAUCAUCAUCAGAAAAAGUAGAGAUGCACACAUUUUGUGUUUUCACGUGUACAUCAAUGUCAAGAUGUUUGAGGGUGCUGAAAUAAAAAGACUCAAAAUGAACAGAUCUUUUCCAUUUUUAUUCAUAAUGUUGGUGCCCCAUACAUAGAGCUGACCAUGUUUUAAUGGAAGCAAAUUUCUCACAAUGUCCACUUUACAAUAAUGUACUUGGGGCAUUGUAGUAGUGACAUUCAAAUUAAAUAUCAUUGUCUAAAGUGUAUACAUCUUCAAUAUCCCCACAGGCUAAAACAACUGCCAACAAUCAAAGGCAGAUGAAAGUGGCACAGACCUUGAAACUUGAGUUACAAUGGGCACUGAAUCAGUAAAUGUGAAUC